CAUGAAAAUUGUAUUUAAUGAUAAUGUGUUAAUUGUAUUUUGAAUUCGUGAUAAUAUCGUGGUUAUACUUAGUACUCACUAUUUAGUAUUUAGUAGUUUAUACUGUUUAUAGUUAUCAGUGACUUAUUAUUGUUCAUAGUUUACUUAGUUAAGUAUAUUUGCCAAGUUAUUACUAAUUAGGUUGAACGAUUAAGAAAUUAAAAUGAAAGAAAUAUUUCAAUUACCUGAUACUUUGCCCAUAUUUUAUGAAUCCAAUUCAUCUGAAAAAGUCUUAAUCGAGUUCAACGGCGAUGACAUUUUGUACAUUAUCGGAACUGUCGAUGUUAGUGUUUUAGAAGGAAAGAUAGAAACAUGGGGUUACACAAUGACCGUGGACACUCCAAAAACUGUAUUGUACUCUUUGGGAUUACACGGAUUGAUUUCUAUUUCAUCGGCCAACAGGCAGAAAGCAGUUAUUGUACUUGAAAAGAGCAGUCAAACCAGCAAAUGGAAAACAUUUAUGAAUAAAUAUGUUCCCAAUUUUAACAUGUUUAACUCAAACGGAACUAGAUUGACUCCACCUAAACUUUUACUAGAACUAGAAGAACGAUUAGAUUGUUGGUUUGAUUUGAGCAAAACUCCAAUGUCAAACCAAAGACUUAUAAUCGAUGAACAAAGUCAAGCUUUCUGUGAUGAACUUCUCAAUCGUCCUAUUAAUUUAGGACCAAUUAAAGUUUUGUUGGCGGGAUACAAGAAUUCUGGAAAAUCGACAAUGAUGUGUUAUUUCAUAAACAAAUGUCUUAGCAAAUGGAACAGAAUAUUAGUAUUGGACUUCGAUAUUGGACAAAGUGAAUUUUCCAUACCUGGAUGUAUUUCAGCAUUUGUUAUUGAUAAACCACUGCUUGGGCCAAAUUAUACACAUUUAAUGCAACCCUUAAAAUCAUAUUUUUUUGAAAGCAAUGAUGUUAUGACCAAUGUACCACUUUACAAUGAAAUUGUUAAAAAAAUUGUCAACGAUACCAAAACAAAUGAUUUGCAACAAAUGCCAUGUUUUAUAAAUACCAUGGGAUUUGUUGAAGGAGCAGGCCUCAAAAUCUUACAUAAUAUUGUAUCUAAAACUAAACCAUCUGAUGUAGUACAGCUUAAGUUCAAUGAUUAUCAAGAUUUAAAUUUGCAUUCAGAAAUUAUAAAUGACAGUACAAGAUCUUCUUUGUCAUACAAUCUUUGGUAUUUUACGUCUACUGUUAAAAAUAAAUUUGCUAAGGCACCUUAUUUACCAAAUGUUAACAAGAACAUUAAACAACAAUUGAUUACGGCAUCAUACUUCAGUAAAUGUUUGGAAAGUACAGAUAUUUAUUUUAAUGAUAUAAUCCCUUAUAGAAUUAACAUCCGUAAUAUAAAUGUCCAAAUUAAGGAUGUUGAUGAAUUAACUCAAGAUGAAUCCUUAGAUAUAAUAAAUGCUAAUGUCAUUGCUCUGUGUGUGGUCAACCAUACAAACUUAUGCGAAUGUGUUGGAUUUGGUGUUGUUCGUAGUGUAAAUAAAUCUACAGGUGAUAUAUUUAUAACUACUCCUGUAACACCAGAUAUAUUAAAACACGUCAAUCAGUUCAGACUUGGUAAUGUUAAUUUGCCGUACACAUUUUAUACAGAAGGUACACAAAAUCCAAAAUAUGUUAGUAUAAAACAGAACAACAUAUUAAAUGAGAAUGUUACCAGACAUUUUAAAGUGAUGUAAUGAGUGUUUUAAUAAUAAUUGUUCCUUAUAAACAUUGAAAAAAAAAAUAAAAAAUAAUAAAAAUAAA